AUGGGUGACCACAUUAGGAAUCCAUUUGCAAGUGCAAGUGGAAGUGGAGGAGCAGGGGGCAGUUCAAGUGCGAGCUCCAACUCUAGUUUUAGUAGCAGCGUGGCUGAUACAGAGGAUGAUCACACCAUUGCACGUAUAUUAGCUGAAGAUGAGAGCUUAAGAAGAGAGGGCAUGCUUGGGAGGAGACUCUCUCAUUUAGAUUCUAUCCCCCAUACUCCUCGGAUUAACAGGCUAAUACCCGAUAUAAAUGAUGCAACAUUAGACCAUGAGCUCCUCUCUGGGAGGUUGGCCACAUAUGGUUUAGCUGAACUACAGAUGGAGGGGGAUGGAAAUUGCCAGUUCCGAGCUCUAGCAGACCAACUUUUCCGCAAUCCAGAUUACCAUAAGCAUGUAAGGAAGCAUAUCGUAAAGCACGUACUGUCUGAGAAGCAUAGUGCAACUCUGUUACUUGUUCACAAAAUUAGAGUCAAUGCCUUUCGGGAUGCAUGUUUAGUUCUAUGUAUAGCCAGUGCCUUCAGGAUUGAAUCUUUGGUUGUAUAUUUUGUCAGUGCCUCCAAGGAUGAAUGGUUAAGUCACACUUGCGGCGCAUGUCUUGAAGUUGUUAUCAAAACACUAAUCUCAGUAGCUCUGAACUCCUCUGAACUUUUUGGCCACAUACAACUUAAUAGGAAGAUCUGCUUAGUCACAUCAUUCCGGGAACAAUCCUACAUCGAAAUACUUCCCCACAACAAGAAUCCUCUUAAAGAGGCUUGGCUUAGCUUCUGGAACGAAGUGCAUUACAAUUCGCUAUACACUAGUGGAGUUUCUUACGCUUCCAGAUGUUCCCACACGACAACACAGGAAGAAGCACUGGCUCUUCUAGGAAUGGAUUCAUAUAUAUUCGAAAGUUUAUUUGGAAUAUUCUGGAUCAUAACGAAAAUACAACUAAGUAACAGCAAAUAG